CACACACACACACACACACAUACAGAGAGGGAAAGAGAGGGUGACACUGUAGUAGACCGAAACGGAGUGGACACUGAGUGCUAACAGAUCAAUAGGCUUUUGAAAUAAAAGGCAAGAUUUGAAAGCAAGAGGGUCAAGAUGCCCAAUUUUGCUGGAACCUGGAAGAUGAAGAGCAGUGAGAAUUUUGAGGAGCUUCUCAAAGCGCUGGGGGUGAACGCGAUGCUGAGGAAAGUGGCUUGUGCAGCUGCUUCUAAACCCCACGUGGAGAUUCGUCAGAAUGGGGAGCAGUUCUACAUCAAGACCUCCACCACCGUUAGAACCACCGAGAUCAACUUCCAGAUCGGACAAGAGUUUAACGAGGAAACUGUGGAUGGACGGAAGUGCAAGAGCCUGGCCACAUGGGAGACAGAGAACAAGAUGACCUGCCGACAGACCCUUUUGGACGGAAAUGGCCCUAAAACAUACUGGACACGAGAGCUGAGAGGGAACGAACUCAUCCUGAUGUUUGGGGCUGAUGAUGUGGUGUGCACACGGAUUUAUGUACGGGAAUGAACGUCUGGACGGAGGAAUAUCCCAGCUCUUGCAGCUUUGGAGGACUAACAUUUUCAUCAUGACUAACUUGCACUGUAGCGUGUUAGUGGAUACAUUCUUCUAUUCUGACUUGCUUAGCAUUUUUGUGUAUUCAUUAGAAUAUUUGUUUAUUUUAUACCUCUUCUUAACGAUAUAUAUGUACAGAGUGGGACAGGCCUGGCUGGAGCUGUCAGUCCCACAGGACUGUCAGGGUGGGCCGGACUGAUGGGAAAAUGAGCAGGUCAUCUGUUAGUUCUAGUCAUCCUUACAUCUGACAAACAUUCUUAGACCAGUUACAACUGUAGCUAUCUCUCAUGAUACAUGCAUGUAAUAAUAAAGACAUGUGAUUGUAAUGAUGGCAUUGUGUUUUCCAAUCUCUUUAACCUGCAUAUUUUACUAAAAGAGAACCAAAUUAAAAACAAAGUAAAAACUAAUUGAAUUUGUCAUUAAAAUGUUAUUAAAUAUCUAUCAAGCUGUUAUAAAGUUAUUUGACAAUAUUGUCACUUUCACUGAGAAUGUUUUUAAUGACAUUCAUUUUGUUCCACAGAAAAAAAGAGAUCAAAAAUAUUCAUGACACAAUUAAAAUGAUAUUCUGGUCUGAUUUCUGCAGCAACAUUGAAAUGUUAGGAUCAGAAUUUGGCAUAAACGAAUGAGAGCAGUGAUCCAUUCUGUCAUGUAUUAACAGUUCAGACUUGAGGUGUGAUAACAGAAUGGGGGAGAUUUCCUUGAGUCACUUUUGGCCCCCUUGAAGGAUUAGUUUACCCCAAAAAAUAAGAUGUACUUUUAAUUUGUCAACCCUCAUGUCAUUCCAACCCCCUGAUAAUUUUGUUCACCUUUGAAAGACAAAUAAAGGUAUUUUAGACAAAA